CCUCAUUCCUUCUCGGCUACUUUGUUGCAAGAGACUUCUCUUGGAAUCGUGCGCUUCAGUAGGCCUAGUCGACUGCUGGAGCGUGAACCCUGAUUUKUAUCUUGACAUAGCUCUCAAGUUAAGGCGACUAUGGCUAUAUCCUGUUUAGUGUUAUUGCUGGGUUUGAGCUCACAAAUAGGUUUUCUCGACGCGAAAUGUCAAGAUAAGUAUUCUGGUACACCUUCAUCGUGUUGCCCUGAUGAAUAUUUUCAUCUCUGCUGCAAAAAUAUCAAACCUUGCAAURCUACAGUUAGGAUACCURAGAAACYUCAACCUUCAAAAAGUUUCAAUCUUGKGAAACCACCUUGCAUGCACCCUUGGAAUACCUCAGCUUGCCAGGCAGGCUUCUAUGAGGACCCAUKGAGACGGGAAACAAAACCAUGCCCUGAUGGGUUUUACUGUCCAUCUGAUAAUGUGUGCAUCAUUCCCUGUCCUGAAGGAGCAUACUGUAUGAAAGAUAAACUGGUGACAGCCACGAAAAGUUCUCCAGUUGUCUGUAGACAGUCUGGAAAGUGUUGCAGUCCAUCAAACUCCAUUCCCAUUUACAGUCGUGAAAAUAAUAAGAUGAUUUGUGGAGGUCAGACAAUCCCCACACCUUGCCCUGAAGGGUAUUUUUGUCCUAAUGUUACAACCAAGAAARUAUGUCCAAAGGGAAAGUUUUGCCGUGAAGCCUUUACAGAACCACAGAAUUGUCCAAUACUUUCAGUUUGCAAGAAGGGAGCUAAAGCCCCUGUCAGUGCAGGAGCUGGAGUUCUGUUUAUAGUCAUUCUUUGUCUAUUUUUCAUUGCACUWAUCUAUUACUUCCGCAAACGGGACACUGUCCAUUUCUAUGCAAGAAAACUGCGGUAUAGGGUUCUCAGGAAGAGAGAUGACAAGUACAGUAUAUCAAAAGGAUUUUCAAAACACAUGAAAAACAUAGCACAGGUCGAGGUSGACGGUGGAGAGACCAUUGUACCAAAGCAAAAUAUCAUCAACUUGGAGUUUGAUCAGCUUAGUUUAACUUUAGAAAAGCUGAAUAAGAAAGUGCUAGAAGGUGUUACAGGUAAGAUCCAGGCAGGGGAGGUGACAGCCAUCAUGGGYCCAUCAGGAGCAGGAAAAACCACGCUUCUGAAUACGUUGAGUGGAAAGGCUUACUAUGGGAAACGCGAGGGUCAGAUAAAGAUCAACGGCUUAGAAGUUGAUGACCUGAAGUCCAUCAAGACAAUCAUAGGCUUUGUACCUCAGGAGGACAUUAUGCAUCGUUCUUUGACUAUCGUCGAAGUUCUACAUUAUCAAGCAGAACUUAGACUUCCUUCUACUGUUUCAUCAGCUGAGAAAAGACAUCGUGUCAGUCAGAUUAUUGAUCUUCUUGAUUUGACUAAAGUCAAAGAUACAAGAAUUGGCGAUGAGGAAGCUCGAGGUAUAUCUGGUGGACAAAGGAAAAGAGUGAACAUUGGAAUGGAACUAGUGGCCGACCCAACUCUACUAUUUCUUGAUGAACCAACUAGUGGUCUAGAUAGUACAUCAAGUCUAUUGGUACUGGAUGCAUUACGUAAAGUGGCAGAGAAAGGAAAAUUGACAGUUGUGUGUGUCAUCCAUCAACCRCGCUAUGAAAUAUUCAGUCAAAUGCACAAAGUCCUGUUCCUUGGACCUGGRGGUCGCACUGUCUUCUUGGGAACUGUUGAUGAAGCAGAUCAGUACUUUACUUCUCAUGAACUUUUAUGCCCCAAGAACAUCAACCCUGCUGACUUCUACAUGGAUGUUAUUGGUGGAUUGCAUGAYAAGCAAGAGGAUGGAGGGUUUAUGGCAUCAAGUCUUUUUGAUUUAUGGGAGAGAUAUGCAAGGAGGACAAGUGAUUCCUCCUCGUCAGACUCAAAUGAAAGGCCACUCUCAAUUGAUUAUAUGCAAAAUGCUCCAACUGACCAGCACCGUCAACUACCAGGUUUCUUUAAACAACUAAUGCAUUUUUGUAUCCGUGAAGUAAUCCUUCAGUUUCGUCUGGUAAAAAGCUURUUAAUGGACCAGUUUCUUGUGUUGUUGGCUGGUGGUAUUCUUGGUGCCUUGAGACGUAAUGCUCCUUUGGAUCAGUUUUUCGUGCUACAAACUCUUAGCUCUCUUGCCAUUGGGCUGACCGCGAUGUUGGCAUCGUUGAGGUGCUUUGGUAACAACAGAACAACAUUCUGGAGGGAAUCGUCCACUGGUAUUAAUAGAUUGAGUUACUUCCUGGCUGUCAAUCUUGUCCAGUUACCCAUAAUAAUCAUCACACCUAUGACGUAUCUCAGUCUGUURUACCCAUUGAUUGCACCACGUGGAUAUCUUGCUUUCCACUAUAUGGCUGUUCUAGGAGCUCAGUUUGCCUGCACAGGAACGGGCUAUGCCAUCUCGACUCUGUUCAAUCCCAAAAACUCACAAAUGGCCUCUGUUACUUUCACUCUUAUCCUGUCUUUGGUCUCAGGCCUCUCUCCAUCGCUGUGUGACAUGAACAAAUUCACCUUCAUUGGGCCUGUGUUCUAUAACUUGUCGUACUCACGCUGGUUCGUSGAGGCCAUGUUUGAAAAGGAAGCUGUCCGUUUCCCUCCUGUCAAGGACGKCUAUGUCUAUAUGCUUGCAAACAAGAAUGGUUAUUCUUUGGAUAACUAUUGGCUCUGCAUUGGAAUCAUGUUCAUCUUUGGCGUGGUGUAUCGCGCUCUUGCUUUCCUUUUCUUGGUUUUCACAAACCGUGGUAAACAGCAAUAAUCAACGACGCUAUGGAAACCAAACGAUGCCAUGGCAACUAAACAACGACGCCAAAAAUACGAGAGAAGCAAGCUACGCUCGUGUUUCUAAGACUGCAUAUUUUUCGUUUCAUAUUGAAUAAACAACGACGUCAUGCCAAUUUUUUCGCUCCAGCAAAAGCUUCUCAAAAGAGGCGAUUUUCGAUUUUAGGAAUAGUUAUAUUUUUGUUUUUACUAGAAUUAUAGUUUUUUAGCCAAAUCUUCUUAAAAUAAUGGAUUUCCGGUAAUAUAGUGAUAUUGAUAUUAUUAGAAUGUUUAAUAGUUAGGUGUAGUUAUGUAGUUUAUAUAAAUAGAGGAUAUUACAUGGGCGCGCGGAGAUACGGAUUUUAUCUUUCAGUGUUGAUAGAUCUUUCACGAGUGAGUGUAGCGAACGAGUGAGAGAUUUUCAACACGAGAAGAUAAAAUUCGUAUCUCCAAGCGACCAUAUAAUAUUCUGUUUAUUCUAUAAUUACAUAUGAAAGCAAAUUAUGUCGAAAAAUUCUUUUUUCUUCCGCUAUAUAGAGAAACUUCGAAUGUGUUUUCAUCCGUCUGUGAAAUAGGAAUUGUACUAUUAAAAACUAUUACACCUAUUAGCUCCCAAUAGUUUAACUUAUGACACRUGCAACAACUGAAUUAGGGAAACACGGUUUUGAUUUUUCCUUUUGGUAGCCUACUUCACCCUAAUAGUUACUAUUAAACACUGACUAGUAGUAAUUGUUUCACAGACGYAUGAAAAURACUCUAAAYCCGUGAAAMUUGACUAUUAAAGUUUGAUACAGYAGUCAAAUGRACACAAAAGAAAACAAUGCAAUAUCAGCGUAUUAAGGUGUAUUAAUGUAAUAUCUAUUUCACGGGUUUGUUGUGUUUGCUGUAAUAGCGCAUGUAUUUUUCUUGUCUCAUGUUGGUGAUUGUAUCGUACGACGUAUUUUUUAAAUAUGAUACUAUAUGAUAUAGGGUACUA